UUUACAGAACUCCGUGCAAGUUAGCUGGCUAGCGAAAUUAAUUCUGGAGGGAAUAAAGGAAGCUAAUGUUAUUUCCAUGAUAUGUGCCUUGCAGAUUUGCUUUAAAAGGAUUGAUUGUUUUAAAGGAAUUCCAUGAAUGUUUAAUUUAUUUUUGCGUACCACAUUUUCACCAGGCUUAAUGGCUAUCAUAGUUGGUUAGUUAAGUUACCCUACAUAUGAUAUGAGCCAUCUAGCAAUGCUAGCUAUGUAGCUAGCUUUCGAGUUAGAACAAACUAUUUAAAAACAGUCCGUUAAAUACUGUCCAUUACUACAAGUUUUAUAAAUAGCCAGUUAGCUAGUUGGGAAAUCUUAGCAGCUAAAAUUGUCAUUCCAACAUGUCUGUAUAUUCGCUCUUGGACCUAUGCCUGGACUGUUUUGCAAAAUAUGCCGACAAUUACCACAGCGACAUUGAAGCUUUACCCGUUUGCAUCAAGGACAAACUAGUGCGGAUAAUGACUCGACAGGGCACGGUGACCGACUUCAACAUCAGGCAGCUGUUGCAUCCUGGGAUUCACACCCUGGACCUGCAGAUAUGCAGAGUGUCGGACUCCUCCCUGCUGCAGAUACGCUGCCCCGGACUGCGUCGGAUUCUCCUGAGGGGCUGCAGAGAGAUCACCUCAGCAGGUGUGGGGGCGCUGGCACAGUCCUGCCCCAGCCUGCAGGUGGUGGAUCUGGGCGGCUGCGUUGGGCUGACAGACGAGGGCGUGUUAGCGUUAGCGCACCGCUGCCCCCUGCUUGAGGUCGUCUCACUGAGGGGCUGCUCAGCCCUGAGUGACGCCGCCCUGCUGGCUCUCGGUCGCAACUGCAGGCUCCUGCACAGCGUCUACUUCUCAGAAACCCGUGUGACAGAUGAAGGUGUUGUUGGGCUAGCUACUGGAGUGUGCUCUGGCAGUCUAAAGGAGCUCCAGAUGGCGCGUUGUCAGUUCCUGACUGACGUGGCGGUGAUGGCGGUUCUGACUCACUGUCCGAGCAUCAGGAUCUUCAACUUCCAUGGCUGCCCGCUGAUCUCAGAUCAGUCCCGAGGGGCUCUGCAGAACCUUGUUGGCCCGGGUAAGAUCCAGCAGGUGUCCUGGACCGUGUACUGACCCUGUGCACCUGACCACAGGUGUGACCGCUGAACUCUGGGGACAGACCGUCACAGCCACCUGCCUUCCUGACUGUUGGGUCAAGGUGUUUUCCAGACAUUUAUUUCACUUGUAGAACAUUUCAAAAAGCCCAUCCCAGUGAGCAUGUGCACUGUUACUGUUUUGGUUAUUGGUUUCAAUGUUGAAUUCUCUCCUGAUGACAGGCUGCACUUGUACAGGUAAACCCAUGGCGGGAUCAGACCGGCUGAAUCCAGGACUGGGCGGUUUCGUUCCAUCAGGGUUAUCACACUCCAGUCCUGGAGGGGGUGCUGUGUCUGCGCAUUUUAUUUCAGUGCUUUAAUUAAAGUGACAGAUUGGCUGCAAGGACUGGACUGGAGUUAAACCUACAGACACUGCAGUCCUCCAAAACUAGAGUUAAACCUGCAGACACUACAGCCCUCCAAAACUGGAGUUAAACCUGCAGAAACUUCAGCUCUCCAGGAGUGUAGUUAAACCUGCAGACACUGCGGCCCUCCAGGACUGGAUUUAAAUAUGCAGAGACAGCACCCCCUUCAGGACUGGAGCUUGAUACCCCAGCAGUAUGUGAUGAGGUCCUGGGGGGCCACAUUUGUAAGGCAUCUCCUAAGUUUACAAUAUGGACAGAGAAACUGAUCCUGAAUCAGCACUUUGAUUCUGAGGCUCACUAAAGCGAAAAGCCUUUGAUGAAUACAUUUGUCAGGAAUGUUGUAUUUAUGUAUUAGGUGUGUGCGUUUGUAAUUUUCCAAAUGCUUGUACUGCUUUGUUAAUAUCUGUGACUGUUGUCAUAACACUGGGUGUAAACAGUUUGCACAGGGUUUUUUUUUUUGGUGUGAGGGUGACCUCUAGUGGUCAGACAGUAUUGGUGGAAUUGUGCUUUCACACUUGUAUAAACACUGAUUUGGUUUAUUGGAUGCAAUGUCAGUUCCCCUGUGUACUGACUUUGAGCUCUUAUAGUGAGAACCUGUUAUAUUCCAUAAUUAGGUUUACUUGUUUCGGUCCAGGGAAGUCCUGCUACCCGGCCAGAAUGUUUAGACCGCAGUUAUGGAAGCCUGGGAAACAGAAAUAUGACUAUAUUUAAAACACCGAAAUGUCUCAACAACAUUUAUAAUAACACUACUACUAUUCAUAAUAAUAAUAAUAAUAAUAAUAAUAAUAAUAAUAAUAAAUGUGUUAAAGUAUGAAAUAGGGAUUAAAUGUAAUUUGUUUUCUCCUGUAAGAGUUCUAGUUUUUUUAGGACUGUGGAAGUGGAACCACAAUAUCCAUAGAGUUGGAGUACUUCAGUGACUCACCUGGUCUUGCUAAGACCCGUCGCGCAUAAAACUGAGGCAAUGGACUCUAAAGCCGGAUUCCUUUCUGUGUUGUACUGGUUGUAAAAAAUAUACGUAUUUAUGUGGUCUGCAUUUUGUACAAGUGUUUUUGCGUGUGAUAAAGUGUCAUUUAUACUGAAUCAUUAAA